GGAAGGGGGAGGUCACAAGAAGAAAGAGACUUGAGCAUAACACAAAGUCUCCUUUCUUAGUUCUGGAUCAAGUGAUUGGUACAAGUUCAGAGAGAGAGAGAGAGAGAGAGAGAGAGAGAGGAUGGGAACAUUUCUAGGGUAUUCGUUCACCUUGACCCUGCUCUUUUGCAUGGCUCAAGGCGAAGUCCUUCACUAUGAUUUUGUGGUGAAGGAGACACCUAUUAAGAUGUUGUGUGAGACGAAUCGGACCGUAUUGACUGUGAAUGGUAUGUUUCCUGGGCCGGAGAUCCGUGCUCACAAGGGCGACACCAUCUACGUUAAUGUCACCAAUAUCGGACCUUAUGGAGUCACUAUUCACUGGCACGGAGUGAGACAAUUAAGGUAUCCCUGGUCUGACGGUCCGGAGAACAUCACACAAUGUCUAAUCCCUACGAACUCAAGCUUCCUUCAGAAAGUCAUACUCACCGAAGAAGAAGGCACGUUAUGGUGGCAUGCUCACAGCGACUGGACACGUGCCACUGUACACGGCCCUAUAAUCAUUUUGCCUGUCAAAAACAUCAACUACCCUUACAAAUUUGAUGAACAAUACACAAUCGUGAUCGCUGAAUGGUAUGCGAGAGAUACAAAGGCCAUAAUCGAUGAAGCUCUUGAAACCGGUGGUGAUCCAGACUUGUCCGUGGCCUAUACCAUCAAUGGUCAACCAGGAGACAGUUAUACAUGCUCUAAUGGUUCGAUGUACAAUAUAACGGUUGUGCAAGGAAAAACGUAUCUCUUUCGGAUCAUCCAUUCUGGGAUGAACGAAGAGAUGUUUUUCGGCAUAGCCAAGCACAAUCUCACUGUGGUCGGAAUGGAUGGAGCUUAUCUGAAGCCACUGAAGACCAAUUACCUCAUGAUAACUCCUGGUCAAACGAUGGACGUUUUGGUCACCGCGAACCAAUCCCCUGGUCACUACUACAUGGUUUUCAGUCCAUUUGUGGACACCAAUGCCCCAUCCAAUGAAAAUGUCACAAGGGGAAUAUUCCAAUACAACGGCAGUUAUAACCAUUUGGAGACUCCUGCAUUACCCGAGCUUCCAAGUUUUACCAACAAGAGUGAUGCCGGAAACUUCACUAUCCAGUUGAGGAGUUUGAACAGCAAAGAUCACCCUUCCACGGUUCCAACCCACAUUACUAGGAACAUUACGAUCACGGUAUCUGUGAAUCAGCAGCCAUGUCCUGCUAAUAAAACAUGUACCGGUCCACAGGACAGUAUGCAUUCGGCAAGCUUGAACAACAUAAGUUUUUCAACUCCGUCAAUUAGCAUUCUCCAAGCAUACUACAACAAUAUAAUUGGAGUCUACAACAAAACUUUUCCGAAUAAACCACCUUUCGUGUUCGACUACACCGGGAAUGUAUCAGCCUUAGGGGAAGCUGCCUAUGUAAGUACCGAAGUGUUGAUGAUUAACUAUAACGAGGAGGUUGAAAUAAGAUUCCAGGGAACCAAUUUCGGAGCAGCGGAGAAUCACCCCAUGCAUUUACACGGCUAUAGCUUUUAUGUUGUCGGAAUGGGCGACGGAAAUUUCAGCGACUCCUAUAUAUCAAAUUACAAUACGGUGGAUCCGCCUUACGUUAACACCGUUGGACUCCCCAAAAAUGGGUGGACAUCGAUCAGAUUCAAGGCCGAUAAUCCAGGAGUGUGGUUCAUGCACUGUCACUUAGAACGCCAUGCGAGCUGGGGAAUGGACACGGUCCUCGUCAUCGGAGAGGGGCCGAACAAGGAUCAGAAGAUGCUUCCGCCACCCGAACACAUGCCUCCUUGUUCCGGGCUUUAAUCAUGACGCCAUUUGCUCUGAGUUCAUCUACAUAAUAACAUCGAAGAUUCGCAAAUGUUGGAUCAUUCUAACAAGUUUCAAUUGUAAACAUGGCAAACAACGUGUUGGAAAACUUUUGUUUAGGAUUUAUGACAGUGACAUAUAGUAUAAGUUACGUAGCAAAUAGCAAUAAAUUUAUCAUUUUAGAGGGCUUGUAUACUAUCAUUUUAUUGCCACUCUGCAAUAAUCAAUGAAACACUAUUUUCCUGCC